UACGGUAUUAUACCGGAAGAGGCCUUUGGGCGCAAGCCGUCUGCGAUAAAUCAACAUCACAGGGUUCAUUUUGAUGUCAGUAACUGUAUCCUCUCGCCGGUAUUCGAGUAAAAUAUGUCAAUAAACAUGUCACCGUGUGGCUCAACUUUGGAAGAACAGCUUUCGUCCAUAAUGGACGUGCUUGCGAAAGCGGCUGUAUCUGAAAUUAGCCAACUGUUCUCGGAAGGGUCGGCUACUCUUCAGUUACAAAUAACUCAGAGCCGUGAAGAAAACGAAACGCUGAGAACGAGGAUGAAAGUUAUGAGGAGUGAGCUGUUUUCUUUGCGGCUUCAAACAAGAUCGAAUGCAUCGCGUGCGCCAAGUCGUUUUGCCUUGGCUCGAGCCAACCUCUGCAAACCACGGACUACAUCACUGGGAAAUGGCCUAAAGCCCCUGAUGGAACAAAAGGCGGUUGGACAUUCCCCUUUUCAUUCACCAACCAAAAGUGAGGCUUCCUCUGUGACAAGUCCAGCAGAGAAUAUGUCUAGCGUGUUUCCCUCUUUACGACAAGCAGGAGACCCCCGAUAUAAUUUUAAUCAAGAUUGAAGAGGAUAUCAGUGGAUGCAGGACAGCAGCACCCAGAGCGGAGUCACCGUGGAGAGUCUCCAUGUGGACGCCGCUGGCUCCUCCCACGUGUUCAGUCAAAACGCGGAGCUGCGGAUCCUGAGUGUCCACGGGCGGGGGGGGGGGCAACUGGUGAUGGAAGGCCAUGACACCCUCUUCACAUCUUCCGAAGUCGAGGCCCUGAACUCACUGUCUGCGGACUGCAACGUGGCUAAGAGCCUGGACUGUGGCGAGCGGAUGGAUUGCCGCAAAGAGCUGGCUUUGCAGCAGGAGAACCCUGACACCAUUUUGAUCAAGGAGGAAGAGGAUAUUGGUGUAUGCAUGCCCCCUGUAGAAGACUGCAAUGACAUCAGAUACUGCAGCACACAACGCAGCGCCACCUCGGAUAGUCUGCAUCCGGACGCCCCUGGCUCCUCCCACAUGUCUAGGCACAAUGGGGAGCUGCGGAUCCUGAGUGUCUGUGGACAAGGGGUGGGCCGGCUGGGGCUGGACAGCCAUGACACCCUCUUCACCGCAUCCGAAGUGGAAGCCCUAAGCUUGCUGUCCGUGGACCACAGUGUGGCCAAGAGCCUGGACUGCGGCAAGCGGCUUGUCCACUAUGAGGAGCAAACUGGGCCUCGGGGCGGCCGCAAGGGCCGGCCCUGUGUCUUCUGUGGCAAGGUUUUUCCCAACGCUUCCAAGAUGACCAUCCAUAUGCGUACCCACACCAGCGAGAAGCCCUACAGGUGUGACCAAUGCAUGAAGCGCUUCACUCAGAGGUGCCACCUGAAGAUCCACAUGAGUAUUCACUCCAGGGAGAAGCCCUACAAAUGUGACCAAUGCAUGAAGGGCUUCAGACGGAGAUAUGAUCUAAAGAUCCACAUGAGGAUUCACACCAGGGAGAUGCCCUAAAGGUGUGACCAAUGCAUGAUGGCCUUCGGCCGGAGCUCUUGUCUGAAGAUCCACAUGAGGAUUCACUCCGGGGAGAAGCCCUGCGUAUGUCACCAGUGCAACAUCAGUUACAGUCGUGCCAGCAGUUUUCGUCCCCACAUGAUCAAGCACAAGGGGCAAAGGAAAUUACUGCUUUUAGGGUUUUACGAUUAAAGGUUUUUAUCAAUUACAAUUGGGGCAUUUAGCAGACGCUUUUAUCCAAAGCGACUUACAUAGGUUAAUACACACCAACGGCAGAGUCAACCAUGCAAGGUGUCAGGAGCUGUUAGGGUUAAGUGUCUGGCUCAGGGACUCGUCAACACCCAGCUAGGAGGAGCUGGGGAUCAAACUAGCAACCUUUCGGUUACAAGACGACAACUGCUCUACCCCGUGAGCUAAACCAACGACGUCUUUAAUCUUAUCAAGAUUAAUUUAAGCAAGAUUAAAGACGCUUUCCAGAUAUUUGCUAUUUGUAAAACUAAACUUAUUAUUGUUAAAAAUUGCUCUCUGUGAAUUUCUUAUUUUUUGGACAUUUCGGAUAUCAAAAUAUUUGAUUAAAUUUUAAAGUAUGAUCAUGGGAAGAUACAGGCAGCAAAGAUACCAAACAUACAUUCAUUAGAAGAUGGCUUUACAUGUUUCUUAUUGGGAAACUUUCACAUCGUGGGUUAAUUUAGGAUUGGCCAUGGCUGAAGUCAGGCACGGUGGGAGAGAACCAGUUAAAUUGCAAUACACUAUGGGUCAAGUGGACAUGGCUGCAAGACAGUUAAAGGAAUCUACACAACGAAGAAUUCAGUUGAUCGCAUGGCCUUAGUAUUAGACUUAGUGGUUACAACAUGGAAUGCAAAUGUAACCUAUCUUAACAACUCUCAGUGAGAGGAAGGGAGGUAUCUAUAGGUCCAAGGAAUUUAAAUAGUUCCUUGUAAAUUGACUAGUAAUUAUAUAAACAAGGUUAAUGUGUUUAAUUGUAUAUUAUAGUUAUUAAUAUUUCCACGACACUGUCAGCUCAUUCCCAAGUGUGCUAGACCUCUAGAUCAGCGAUUCCCCCCCCCGGUCUGUGGACCUGUUAUGGCCGGGCCUUUAAAUAUUUCCAGAAUGGGAUAAUAAAAAAAGAUCUAUUAUUUAAUAUUAUUUAAUUUUUUUACGUCAUAUUUAAUUACUUGGGCUAUACGAGUCAUGUCAUUUCCUCCUAAUACACAUGAAAUUGAUCAAUAUGAAAUUAAACCACUGUAAAUUAUGCUCUGUUAAGGCACUGUGUCUUUG